GUUCCUGUAUCUCGUGUCUCUUAUCUCGUUUCCCCGUAAUCUCAUCACUGUCAGCGACAAACUUGUUGCUUCUUGUCAACUGAGAAGGCGGAUAAGAGUAAAUCUCGCGAUAGGUGUGGCCAGGGUUAGAGCAUUUCCCCAACCGAGAGGACGGACCCUCGGCAUUAACCUCCUGCACUGAUUCUGUCCGCUAGUAUUCCGGGUUAGCCAUGCUAGCCGACAACAGCUAAUCACCCUCUACCAGCAGCAGCAGGAGAACCAGGGGACACUUGAACAUGGCCGAGCUGGAGCCGACCGAAGCCGAGCAGACCGCCUGCAGAGUGGAGGAAACCAGGGAGAGGUUCAGGACUGAACUCCUGCAAGAUUCGCCGGACAAGUACGAUUCCAGGGACGUGGACCGACUGCUGAAGGAUGACGCCUUGGUGGACAGCUACCUGACGUGGAGGCACUUUGUGAUCGACGAUGCCUUGAAGAUGAUUGACGAGAGUUUCCAGUGGCGGAAAGAGCUGGGGCUGAACGAUCUCACGGAGAGCAGCAUUCCCAGAUGGAUGUUUGACACCGGCGCCGUCUUUCUCCACGGCUACGAUAAGGAAGGCAACAAACUCUUCUGGUUCAAGGUGAAGCUCCACGUGAAGGACACUAAGACCGUGGUGGACAAGAAGAAGUACGUGGCAUUCUGGCUGGAGCGCUACGCCGUCAGGGAGCCCGGCAUGCAGCUCACCGUGGUGUUCGACAUGUGUGAGUCGGGCCUGGGCAACAUUGACAUGGACUUUGUGAAGUACAUCAUCAAUUGCUUCAAGAUCUACUACCCAAAGUUCCUCUCCAAAAUGAUUAUCGUGGAUAUGCCCUGGAUCAUGAACGCGGCCUGGAAGAUCGUGAAGACCUGGCUAGGCCCUGAGGCCGUCAGCAAGCUGAAGUUCUCCUCCAGGUCUGAGGUGCAGACCUUCAUCGACCCCGAGUACCUGCCGCUACACAUGGGGGGAACGGACCCCUUCAAGUACAGCUACCCCCCCCUCCCUGACGAGGACUUCCUCACGCCCGUCAUGGAGAAUGGACCAAUCGUGAGCGAGGAUGACGUGGAGAGCAAGGAGGGCCAAUCAGAGGUGAAGGAGACUCUGGAGGCCAGUUUCAACUCUGAGGACUCCAAAAAGAGCAAAAAGGUACAGGGGAAAAAUACUUUGUUUUCAAAGUCUGUUAAUUUGUCUUCCUCCAUUUAAAGGUCUUCCCCGGUCUGGGUGAUGAGACCAUUGUACCGUCUCCCUGGCUUCCCCAAAACAAUCCGUUGCUAAAUCAUUUGUUCUGAUGACGUCCAUGGGGCUGCCAUGAAUGUAAACAGUAACAAGAGCAUGUCAAUCUGUUGGAAACGAUGAGCGUUCCCCAGUAGAAGUACUUUAAUGUACUUCCACUAAUGUACUUCUUACAUUACAACAUUAGUAUGGAGACCACAGUGCUACAUCGCAGGUGUUUACCCUGGUGUCAGGCGCGAUGCUCUGAGGCAGAAUCAACAAACACACCGGUAGCACACAGGAAUGCUUGUAGCUCCAUAUUUGCCGUUGCAGUUUGUUUUUUCAGUUUGUUGUCAUGGUUUAUUUGAGGGUGCAGUUGCUAGUGAAGGUAAGCCUCAUAUAUGGGCUGCAUAUAUGGUUAUGAUGCAUGCCAUGACUCAGGUGUGUGGUGCAGUGCAUUGUGGGGGAAGUGGGGAGUGUGUGGGCUCUGUUUCGGUGAAUCCGAUGAAGGGUCUCUUACGUAUCGAGACGCUCGUUUCAACGCCUCCGUGGGGACAGAGGGGGGCGAACAGCAACGUUGUGUUCAAAGAACAGAUGAUAAACCUUAAAGGUUUUG